AGUACUUCCCGCAUCAAGCAACGCGAGCUCCCUAUCCACUUGCAUAAACGAACUCGUUGCUUUUCUUUGCAACUAGCUGAGCUAGAAAUGGGGAGGCAACCGUGCUGCGACAAGGUGGGGUUGAAGAAGGGUCCAUGGACGGCGGAGGAGGACCAGAAGCUCGUCAGCUUCCUCCUCAACAGCGGCCAGUGCUGCUGGCGCGCCGUGCCCAAGCUUGCUGGAUUGCUGCGUUGCGGGAAGAGCUGCCGGCUGCGGUGGACCAACUACCUGCGGCCGGACCUGAAGCGCGGGCAGCUGUCGGAGGAGGAGGAGAAGACGGUGAUCGACCUGCACGCGGAGCUGGGCAACCGGUGGUCCAAGAUCGCGUCGCACCUGCCGGGGAGGACGGACAACGAGAUCAAGAACCACUGGAACACCCACAUCAAGAAGAAGCUCAGGAAGAUGGGCGUCGAUCCCGUCACCCACAAGCCCCUCCAGCCCGCUCCUCCUGCUCCUGCUCCAGCUCCACAGCCAGAGGAGGAAGAGAAGGUCGCCGUGUCCGCCGCCGCAUCCGGGAUCGUGUCAGCUGCCGGAGUCAGAAACGAGGCGUUCUCCAUCAAUGAGGUGCCCAUGGUGCACCUCCUUGACGACGUCGUCCUGCCAUGCGACCUCGUCGCGGGUGUACCGCCGGCCAGUAACAGUAACAAUGGCAUUGACACGGCUUAUUCGCCCGAGUCUUCCUCCUCAGCGUCGUCUUACUCCGGCUCUGCAGCUGCGUCGAGCUGUGGCAGCAGCGUCGCCGAUGGAGAGUGCCAGGAAUGGUUGGAGUGGGCAGAGUCGAUGUUGCUGGACGACGUGGUCACGGGGCCGGCGCCGUGGGGGUUCGAGGAUCCCUUCGUCACGUACCAGAGGAUCGCGCUGUUCGAUCACCAGGAGGCAUGGUGACGACGGAAACAUGCUAUACUCCUCCCAAGGGUGUUCACAUGAGUAGUGCCACCGCGCCUAAGCCAUGCCCCAUCGCAUCUAGUAGGAUUUCAUAAUCCCAAGAGCGGCGCCAUUGGUUCAAGUUGUCCUUGAGUCACCCAUGCCAUGGCCGUCCAUGGAAGGAUUGUUGCCGUAAGCUAUCCCUGAUCUAUCCCUCAUCGUGCCAUGGCUGGAUCCAGCUACACUUAGGCUUCUCCAGGUUCCUCUUGAUUUUUGUUUUUAUUUUAAGGAGCAAGUCUGAGCUUAAAGAUGUACAAUUUUUUGUAGAUAACUUCUGAAUUCCAAGUACAAAAUUUUGGAUAUGUUAUUGGAAAUAUUUUGAUA